CUUACGUCACACCCGGGUCACGUUACUGUCGGAUGUACGUACGCGUCUGGCUCGCUGCAGGCUGACAGCCACCUCGCCGGUUCGGACGCAGUUUGACUCGAGAGAAAAAAGAAGAAAUGGAGGAUAAUUUGACCCCAACCGGUGACACGAAGCUAGACGAGGCUGUCCGACAGUGGCUGCAGUAUGACAGGAACCCCAAAACAACAUCAAUGGUGCAGAAUCUGGUGAAGGAGGGAGCGGUGGAGGCUCUGAGGAAAUGUUUCUCAUCCAGGAUGGAGUUUGGUACAGCAGGACUGAGAGCAGCCAUGGGCCCCGGCGUGUCCUGUAUGAACGACCUGACUAUCAUCCAGACCACGCAGGGUUUCUGUUCGUACCUGGAGCAGAGUUUUACGACCCUUAAAGAGCGAGGGGUGGUGAUUGGGUACGAUGCUCGAGCCCACCCUCCCAGCGGGGGCAGCAGCAGGCGUUUUGCCGACCUGGCCGCAGCCGUGUUCAUCAGCCGAGGAGUGCCGGUUCACCUCUUCUCUGACAUCACACCAACACCUUUUGUGCCUUUCACAGUUUCCCAUCUGGGUCUGUGUGCUGGCAUCAUGGUGACCGCUUCUCACAACCCCAAACAGGACAACGGCUACAAGGUGUACUGGGAAAAUGGUGCUCAGAUCGUGUCUCCUCAUGACGUAGGGAUCUCUAAAGCCAUUGAGGAGAACCUGAAGCCUUGGCCCGAGUCCUGGAACACAGAGGAGACCCUGAAAAGCCCCUUACUGAAAGACCCCUACCAGGAUAUCUUCACACAAUACUUUAAAGCCAUUCAGAAACAUUGUCACUACAGGGAAAUAAAUAAAACUUCAGAGGUGAAAAUAGUGCACACGUCCGUGCACGGCGUUGGCCACACAUUUGUCCAGUCAGCGUUCAAGGCCUUUGAUCUUCUCCCCCCGUAUGCUGUGAAGGAACAAAAAGACCCCGAUCCUGAGUUUCCCACGGUGAAAUACCCUAACCCUGAGGAGGGAAAGGGAGUCUUGACGCUGUCGUUUAGUCUUGCAGAAGAGGAGGGAGCUUCUGUAGUGUUCGCAAACGAUCCUGAUGCUGAUCGACUGGCUGUAGCUGAGAAGCAGGAGAGCGGACAGUGGCGAGUCUUCAGCGGGAAUGAGUUGGGAGCGCUGCUUGGCUGGUGGAUGUUCCACUGCUGGAAGGAGCAGAACCCUGAAGCUGCUGCUGUGAAAAACAUUUAUAUGCUGUCAAGCACGGUGUCGUCUAAAAUACUGCGGGCCAUCGCCCUGAAGGAGGGCUUCCACUUCGAGGAAACCCUCACAGGAUUCAAGUGGAUGGGAAACAGAGCCAAAGACCUUUUGGACCAGGGCAAGACCGUUCUGUUUGCUUUUGAAGAAGCCAUAGGAUACAUGUGUUGUAACUCUGUACUGGACAAGGAUGGAGUGAGUGGUGCAGCCAUCGCAGGGGAGAUGGUGUCUUAUCUGGCUGCAAAAAACAAAAGCCUUUCUCAACAGCUCACCACCAUCUUUGAAGAGUAUGGCUACCACAUCAGCAAGAACUCCUACUUCAUCUGCCACGAUCAGGACGUCAUCCGCAAACUGUUUGAGCGGCUGCGCAGCUUCGGCGGCAAGAAGGGCUCGUACCCCGCCGAAUGCGGUCGCUUCUCUGUGUCCGCCGUUCGAGACCUGACCACCGGAUACGACAGCAACCAGCCCGACAAGAAGGCUGUCCUUCCCACCUCCAGCUCCAGUCAGAUGAUCACCUUCAGCUUCUCCAACGGAGGCGUGGCCACCAUGAGGACCAGCGGAACCGAGCCAAAAAUUAAAUACUACACUGAGCUCUGUGCUGCUCCUGGGAACAGUGAUGUGACACACCUGAAGAAGGAGCUGGAUGACUUGGUGGAUUCCAUCGUUGAAAACUUCUUUGAGCCAACAAAGAAUAAGUUGCAGCCCAAACCAGAGUAGUUCUGAUAAAAUCAGACGAACUGUGAAAAAUAUAUUAAUAUCUUUAAUAAUUGCACAAGUGGUUCUUGGGUUUAAUCUUAAUUUAAGGCUUUUACUUAUGGAGGCAUUUUUAGGGAAUUUUUGGACCAGUAAAUAUUUCAUAUAACUUUCUAUUUUUUAAUCAUUUGCCUUUAUGACGACAUCGAACCUCAGCUUGGAGUUUUUGUAGCCAAAGAUCAGUUUAGGAGCUUGUUUGCGUGCUCAUUUUUCUGUCUGUUAGCAAAAUAUUGCAUGAAUCGCUGGACAGAUUUUAAAAAUACUCUCUGAAAGUAUUUAUUAGAUUUACGUAUACAACUGAUUAAUAUUUGGAGUCAGUUAAAUUUAAGACGGCAGCCGCAAUGAAGCAACCUUAUAUAACACAACCAUUGUUAUAACUCGACCAUUUAUACAGAUACUGAGCUCAAAUUUAAUGCUGAAGUAGCUGAGAGUCAUUUCCAUUACUACUCUGAGGGCUAACAGCUCGCAUGGGAACUUUGUUUCAAGGCAGCAGGCGAUCUGCAUUCUGUCAACCAAUUUCAUUGUCCUGUUUUUGAUUUAUGGUGCAUCAUUCCUAAAUAUGGACCACAACGGUAUAUUAUUAGGCUCGCAGGACAUUCCUGUUUCCAGACAAAGUUAUGAGAUGUAUUCAGACUGCUUUAUAUUACCAGCAUUCAAAAAAAAAAAAAAAAAACACACUGUGCUUAAGCAUCACCUGCACUACUGCUGCUUACCUUACCUUGCACUCAGAGUUGUAAACUGCUGUAAACCUUUGAAUGUGUGCCAUGUUAUUGCAGGUUAAUGCGGGAGCUUUAAAGCUUCACAUCAUCAUAGAUGUGUGCAGGUAAAAACCCACAAGGCCUCGAGGUGUAGAGCGCCACCAGGUGGAGUCAUGAUGCUUUAACUUACUGUUCAUUCCUUUAUGUUACAACACAGAGCCCUUAGUUAAUAAUGAGGGGGAAUGCGUUUCUUAUCCUGUAAGGAGCAUUAUGUCUGAGAGAUUUAAAUGCUGUGCUUGUGAGCGUUUGUAAUCGAAUAAAAAAAAUCGAAUAAUG